GACCUUGCACCGCUGGCAUGGCUCACAAGACCUGACGGCUGUCAGAAGCUGUGGCCCGGACCGGCUUUCCGUAGACCUUCCAACUCGCGAAACGGCCCCACGCGGACUGCGCCGACCACGCCGCCCAAGCAGCCAGCCCCGCUGCAAUGUACCCUACACCAUAGAGCAGAUCGAUUUCAUUGCAUACUUUCGUGAUGAUCUUCGCCUACCGUGGAAAACCGUGGAGGAGCAGUUUGCCGUCGUCUUCCCCAGAGACGUCAAUCGGGGCCACAGGCGACGGGCACCAGGCCUCCAAGGCAUUUAUUACCGCCAGAACAAUCGGUCUUCCAAACAGGAUAGCGAUGGCUUCUUGAUGCUUGGUUCGACCGAUGGCUCCUUCGCCUCCAAGAGACGUUGUUGGGGACGAGGCGGGAAGACGACCGGCUCGAACGGUCUGCUCGCCACGCAUCCCGAGCGGGCUGUCAACUAUGCCUGGGUCUCAGUUGAGCAUAAGACACAGUGCAGCAUCGGUUAUUCCAUGAAAGGUGUUGUCCCCUGGUCGUGA